UUCACACAAAAGAGAAAGAGAGAGAGAAGAUGGCUGCAGCUAAAACGCAGAGGAGAAUGGCUUUGCGCAGAAAGCUUCACAUCUUGAGAACUCUAACCAAAUCAAAAUCUGUGAAAAGGAGUUCCAUUAUCAUGGAUGCUUUUCUCUACAUCUACAAGUUGAAACUGCAAGUUGAGGCCAUAAAAAAAGAGUAUCAAUACCUUAUCAACCAUAUCCAACAAGUGAAGGUGGAGAAGAUUGGGACAGGACAUCUGGUAGUAUUGGUGACUUGCAAGAAAGGUGAAGAGAUAUUGGUAUCAAUUCUUGAGGCAUUUGAGAAACUGAAUGUGAACGUGGUGCAAGCUAGGGUUUCUUGCAACCACUUUUUUGGAAUGGAAGCCAUUGUUCAAGACUCCGUUGAUGCUGCAAUCUUGAGCCACGCCAUUCUCGAGGUCAUCCAGAAACAAACUCAAAUAUGUAUUUUUUAAAUUAUUAUUGAUUUUUUUCGCAGUUUUUAAAUAGUUGUACUUUAUUUCUAGUGUUACUAGUAUUGUAUUACGUUGUAAAAGGCCACUUUCAAUUUUGAAGUGUGAAAGGUGAGAGAAAGUGACCUCCCAAGCUGCUGAAAAAAAAAACAAAAUUAGAGAAGCAAAAUAUAAGAAAUGAAAGCAAAAGAAGUAUCUAAAUUAUCGCAUGUUUUAUU